GGUCAGUCUUUUCGAGAACUCAAAAAACUUAUUAUCAACACCAUUUAGUUAUCCAGAGUUCGGGAAUCCGUCCCUCUUUCUCCACAACAGCUAAGUGCCGCAUCGGUUUUCAGGGUGGAAACAUUUCUUCUUCCCAGCAAGAAGUCCCUUGCUCCUCACCCGAAAAAAAGGGAAAUGUUUCUUGCUAUCAUGAAGCUCAACAUACAAGGCUCUUACUCCCCGCCGUCUAUGGCAAAUACUAUAUACAGUCUCGUACUCGGACUUCUUUUCGUAAACCUACUACAUAGGAUCACGAGGAACCCAUCCAAGCGGGACACGAUUCGGCUUUCAUCAUCCAAUGCCUUACUGGAUUUACCUCCAGGUCACAAACUCCAAACCACCAUCCUCAACCAUCCACCUUCCUCCAUCCCCAUCCCCCAAAAAUUCCAAACCAAUCCACAUCCUCGGUACCGCCAACCCGGUCUCGCUCUCCUCCUUCCCAUCAAUCAGUCGCUUCGGCCCGACACUAAAUACUAAGCGACGAAAUGACUCGCUAACCAACACCUUAGCAUUUUAGCUUCGGGGUCUGCGAUGGUCUGGACUCUGGAUCCUGGGUUUUGGGUUUUGGGUUAUAGCCGGAAAGGGUUCUUG